AUCCCCAGUUUUCUGUUCCUAUAAAAUGGCUAAGAGCAAUCUGUUUCUCACUAUAAUCACUCUCCUGAAGAAAAAACUUCCUCUGCGCUCUGAGUAGAGCUUGUCAGGCGACUAGCUUUUGUUCAAUUGCCGACAAGAAUGUCAAAACUAUUCGGAGGAAAAGAUCCAUUUGAUGACCCUUUUUCUCUGAGCCAUUUGGUGGCUUCUUUGGUGGGAAGAAUCCAUUUGCUGACCCGUUUUUCGCUAGCCCUUUGGUUAUCCUCCUGCUUCGCGGAAGCAAAUUAGUAUUGAGGAAAUAAAUCCUGAUGAUGAUGAUGAUGGUGCAAACAUUUCAAAUGCUGGCAAAGAACUGAGCGUUGGGAAUCCAAAUUAUCAUGCGAAUGGUAGUGGAAGUUCUUUUAGUUAUCGAAGGGUUGCAUAUGGUGAUCAGGAUGGAAUGUACUAUACUUGCUCUGAAGGCAGGAUGAAUGGUGGCGAUGGGGUGUUUCUUGCGGAAAUGAAGGAAGAGGAUAAGAUAGUUGGUGAAUCACUGCACACAAUUUCAAAGGGAAUCCAUGAUAAGGGUCAUUCGGUCACAAAAAAGAACAGUUCAGAUGGUAGAGCGGAUUCAUUGCAGACUUUACAUAACUUGCAUGAAGACGAGCUUAAAGGUUUUGAAGAAAAUUGGAAAAAUAAUGCUGACAAGCAUUUACCAGGAUGGAGCAGUGGGUUCAAUAAGCUUGAGAAUUCAGAUGACGGGGACUCAUUCCAUGCUUUGAGACAAUCAAAUUUUGGGAGGAGCUAACUUGAUUGGAUGGGAUGGAUUUCCAACAUGGAGCGGCUGGGGUGGUUGGCUCCUCCAUCUAUAGAGUACUUUGGAGACGCUGGAGCAGCAGAACGCAGAUGGAGAAGGGAGGAGGAAAAAGGUUGUGCGAGUGAAUGUGGAGUAGGGCGUAAUGUUCUGGGAACAUUAGUUUAUUACUUUAUAUUAAUCAAUGCUUAAUGUGUGCUCUGGCUUGAAUUUGGCACCUUAAUGCUUGUUUUCAGCGUCUUCCACAUUGUGAACUUCUGGAUGUCGUCAAAUAACUAGUACAAACAUGGUUUUUGUCUGGUUGGUUGGGAUGAAUUUAGGCUCGUCUUUUCGGUAAAGGGGCAGAAUGGUGUAAUAUAUUGUGAAGAGGUUGUAACUCAUGUUAAGCUAUUUGUGUAAUUUCGUAAUAAAGAAAUAAUUAUCUUGUA